AUGUUGCCUAUGGUGGCUCAGCGAGCCAACUUCCUUUUCGGUGGUUUCCCUCUCGAGCGUGGUUCAACCUUUAUUUUAUACGUUGAUAUUCAUGAUGUUCACUUGACAAUAGCGGAUGUGAUUCAAGAUGAUACUUGGGUGUUGGGUCGUUUAUAUACCCAACAUCCUUCUCCUAUAGUUAAGGCUAUCUGUGGCACCCCAGUGUGUUUGAAUGGUCGGAUUCAGGAUGGCUUUACAUGGAAGGGUAAUUUGGAUGUUUGUCAUGAUGCUGCUCCUACGAGGUCGUUGCUGCAUAACAGAGGUAUGCUAGACACUAAUAACUGCCCGAGGUGCCUCAAUAGUAGUGAAAGUAUCAUGCACUGUUUUCGAGAUUGUCCAUUUGUUAAGCAUCUUUGGCUUGCUCUUGGAUUUGACAAUAUUAACUUCUACUUGGGGAACUCUCUGGCCACUUGGCUCAGACAAGGUGCGUUUGGCGCAAAUAAUCAUUUAUUCUCUGCUGCUCUUUUGUGGAUUUGGUGCGCUCGAAACUCACUUUGUAUGGAGAAUGAGAUAAUUUAUAUUUUCUUCUUGAAGGUAAAAAUUUACAAUUUGACAGCCCUUAUUCGUUCUGUUUUCUCUUCGACAUUAUCCACAGAUAUAGGAGGUCGUUAUGUGACUUGGCAUCCAGAGGAGAGUAUGGCCGUUGUCUUGAAUGUUGAUGGCAACGGUUUUGGAAAUUUUGGAAUAUCUGGUUUUGGUGGCGUUGUUUGCAGGAAUGAUGGUAGUUGGCUAUAUUGGUUUGCUGGAAAUGCUGGUAUUUCCACAAUCAUACAUGUAGAGUUGUCAGCUCUGUAUUAUGGAUUGAAAGCAGCUUGGGAUAGAGAAUAUAUGGAUGUGAUUUGCUACUUUGACUCAACUCUGCCUAUUCAGUUAGUUUCAACCAUGAUGAAUCCCUCGCAUCAUUAUGCGGCAAUUAUUAGUAAUGUGCAAGAUUUAUUGCAAUGGAGUUGGAACAUUCAGUUAAAGCAUUUUGUUAGGGAGACAAAUUCAUCCGCGGAUUUCAUUGCUAAACUAGGAGCUGCAAGUUCUGAUAUUUGGCGUGAGUUUUUGGAGCCAUCGGAGGGUUUGCUUCCGCUGCUGCAGGCUGAUGCCCAGCAAGAGAUGCAUUACCGAGACUAG